AGGGAGGAGACGGAGGUGAAGACUAAAUGCUCUCGUGUGCAGAGAGUCUCUGAGAAGGAGGCAACGAAGGAGAGAAGGGGGAGAAAAGAAUCAUCUGUGAACGCGUGGAGACAGCUGCAGUAUAGGAACAUGCUGCUGGGUGUCCUGUCGGCGUGUGUGGUGGGAGCAGCUGUCCUCUACAGCCUCUUCUUCUGGCUCAUCCCCGCAGCUGUGCAAUACAACGCCUGGGCCGCACUCCUGUGGCAUGAUGUCAUCGUUGAGCGCUUCCUGGACCUCGUCACAGGUUCCACGCGACCUCAGCGGCUCCUUAAAGCAGUGCAGAAGAAUGCCACCAAAGGGGACCCUCAGAGCGUCAUCUCCACCAUCGAUCACUUCUGCCGGCGCUGCGAGUGGGCCAUGAACGUGGGAGACGAGAAAGGGACCAUCUUGGAUUCUGUGGUGUGUGAGGUCAGUCCUGGCUCAACUCUAGAGCUUGGCACCUACUGUGGGUACUCCACAGUGCGAAUUGCCCGUUUACUGGCGCCUGGGACCAAACUCAUCACUCUGGAGUUUAACCCAGACUAUGCAAAAGUGGCCCGCCAGGUCAUUGAGUUCGCUGGGCUACAGGAGAAGGUUCUGUUGGUAGAAGGUCCUUCAGGAGACAUCAUUCCCAAAAUGAAGGAGCAAUUUGGAAUAACAACUUUUGACUUGGUUUUCCUGGACCACUGGAAAGACCGGUAUCUUCCCGACACCAAAUUACUUGAGGAAUGUGGACUGCUACAAAAGGGUUCUGUCCUGCUGGCAGACAACGUUAUCUGUCCGGGAACCCCAGACUACCUUGCCUAUGUUCGGAGUAGCCCUAAAUAUGACAGCAAAUACUUCAAAUCCCACCUUGAGUAUACUAAAGUAGAAGAUGGCUUGGAGAAAUCGGUUUACUUGGGUUAAGACUGAGGGAUCAGUUGUGAUUAUCCAGAGGAGCAUAGUCACAAAACAAAAUAACCUUUAAAGGUGCUGUCCACAAUUGAGGUACCAUGCACUGUAUAUAGCGGUUUGGGCCAAGCAGCCAUACAAUGUUUUACUGCCCAGUCUGUGCUUCAAGAGCACAGACAUGAAGGGUGUACAUUUGAUUGUUGACGUUUGAGGAGAACAGCCAAUCCUCUACUAGAUUCCCUGACUCACCUUUACUGGGACAAUCUAAUUCAUAGAUGUUUUGCCCUCAACACUUGUCUUAAUGAAUGGAAUACAGACUCCCACAGUCUCCCUGUAAAACCAUGUUGCAUUGCAGGUGUGUGGUGAAAAUUAGUGAGUGCUUUUUAAACAUGAACUAGGACAGAAUGUCAGACAUGUUUACAUUUUAAGUGUUAUCACCAGUUGGCUUCUUAAAUGACUGUUGCAUUUGUACAUUUGCCUAGUCAUAGUUUUCAGUCAUUUUUCUGUCCUUUUCCUGUCCAGGACAAAAAAUAAAUGUGAGGUACACUAUCCUUUUCAACUGAAUCCCUUUACCCUUUGUGAAUGAAAAGAAAAGUAUCUCUCGUGCACAAUAGAUUUGUAUGCCAUAUCCUUUCAUUUUUUAUGGGAAAAUAAACAUCAAGUUUCAUGUCAA